GACGUUGAAACACUUCCUGGUUGACACAGAGCCGCGUGUGGGGGUAACGCUUACCCUUUAUUUGUUUUGAUGCAGCUUCAAGUUGUUUAACGACGUGAACGAGAUGUUAAGUUAACAUUUACCAUCACUUAUGAAUUAUUUAUUUCUCUUACAAACACAUUUCGGGCAUAUAUUCGUUAAAAGCUUUGAACGGAUGUAAUCUCGCACUUGUUGUUUUUGCGAAUGAAGACAUCCGCUUCCUCACCCAUUUGCUGAUAAAAAUCUACACAAUGACAGGAUUGAAUAAUUCAAGACCUUGGAUUAAAUUUGACACCGACGAGUCCUGCAACUUUUUAUUGCAAACAUCACCUCCAAAGUAUGUAGAGAAAGUAUCGCGAUAUCUCGCUUCCUCUAAUGGACAGAACGGACAGAAUACAGUAUCUUGCAAUCCUACAGAAGCAGACAGUGACUCAGGGGACAGCCUGUUUAUAACUCAGAAACCAGCACCUCUGCCUGUGAGGUCCAGUACAACCCGCUACAACCGGGGAUCGUACCCCACACCUCCCACAGAUCUAGCAGAAAGUGAAGAUGACUUCAGAUCAUCAGCCUCCCAUGGCGUAUCCAAAACUGACAAGAUAAAGAAGAAAUACAAACUUCCAGCGUACAGUUUCCCUUUCCUGGCAGGGAGGAAGUCCAAACGAAGGAGCAAACACACUCAAAUCCUUCACAACAAAAUCCUUCAUAACUCUGCAAUGGGAGGCUUCUUUAAAUGUGUCCAAAAGAUGUGGCAUGGAUAUGAAAGUAGAGAUGCUGUGGACUCGUCUUUACCAACAGUUGACAUGGAAACGGAUCCCAUAUCUCCGCUGUCAGAAGAAGAAGAAGGGUCAGAUAACGAGGACAUCAAAGUGGUGGAAAGAAACGUUUUUGCAGUGCCUUUAAAGAGAAAGAGCCAACAAACCUGUUGUAAGCAGUUAACACAGAAAAAGCAGAGGAAAGCUACCAACACCAGACAAGAAACCUCACAAGGAGAACAAUGUAAGACUUCACAGUUACCAGCAAAGGCGACUUUAUCAAGGAGCACAUCAGAGUUGGUGGACACAAUGAGCUGUGACGCUGAAGAGUCUGCUUGUCGAGUUAAAGCUAAGAAAGAUGAACUGGCACCUGGAGCUGACAACUGUCUGAACCAAGCUGUAGCACGUAAGACAAAGGGACUCCUUGUCAGAGAAAAAAAGAAGAAAAACGCAAGAGAGGGAAAGACUUGGCGCGAGAGUGAGGUGGAUAACCCGCAGAAAAGUCAACUGCAACACCAAGAGGACGGCAAAGAGGCAGCAGCGACUGUAACGGAACCGCAAACUGAAGUUUUACACAUCGACGAUCUGCCUCAGACGGCACAGUUUAAGACACUCCACAGUCCAGCAGGUCAUACGAGUGACACUCACACUGACUUGUUGUGUGAGGAAACCAUCGUAAAGAAGAGAAAAAAGAAGAAGAAAGACAAAGACCGGAGCCGGAGUCAGGAGGAGGUGCAGGGUAUGAAUGUGACGGAGGGGCCAUUAAAUGAAGAUAGCAUGUUGAGACAAGAAGAGGGAGACACUUCUGAUUUGAAAGAAAAGAAGAGAAAAAAGAGAGAGGCAGCUGCAGAAAAUGUCAAUAACUUAGAAUUUGAUUUGAGAGUGGAGGACUCGGUCUCAUCGUUGAGUACAGAACAUGGUGGGAAGAAGAAGAAGAAGAAAAGUAAAAGACGUGAGAAUGAAGAGGAGCAGCAACAGUCCAGUGCUGUGUCUGAACCUUUGAAUGACAAUGCCGAGAUACAGAAGAAACAUAAGAAAAGGAGAAAAGAAGAGGGGAUCGUGGUUGCAGAGGAAGGGAAUUGUUUAGCAGCUUCUGAGCAAACUUUAGAAUCCAGUUUUGUCAAAAGAAAGAAGCAUAAAAAGAAGAAACACUCGUCCUCCAAGGAGGCUUCUCAACACGGUAGAAGUAGCCCGGUAGAGUGUGUAGAUGGGAGCUCUGUUAAUGAUGCUGUGGAGACUGUGGAGACGUCACCGAAAAAGACGAAGAAGAAGAAGAAGAAAACUUUAAUUGAGGGGGUGGAUAACUCUUUUGAUUCUGAAGAAAAUAAAAAGUUUUUAAACGAAGAUGACAUUCUGAAAACAGUGGAGGGCCUUGCAGACCAAAAUGCUGAAGUGAGAGUUAGGAAAAAGAAGAAGAAAAAGAGGUCUGAAGACAAUAUGGUACAAAGCGGUGAUUCAAUGUCUGUGCAGGAAAAGUCCUCAUCCGUCCUCUGUGCUGAUCCAGAGUCUUCACCGUCUUUAAAGGCUUAUGUCUGGGGUGCAGAAAAACCUGGUGUCAGCGCUGGAAAUCUAGAGGCGGAAUCAGAAGAAGUCUCCGGAAAUUUGGAAAUAUCAAACAAUGAGGACAGGGAAAGGAAAGAGGAAAAUGUUGAAAGUGCAGAAUGGUGUGGGAAAAAAAUCAUCACAAGGACCAAAAAAAAGAACCAAACACAAGGUGUCAGGGGGCCUCAUGUGGAAUCACAGACGCAGGGGGGGAAAAGGACACGCGCAGGAAACGAAGCUGAACUGAUGACUCCAGUGGAAAGUUUUGAAAGUGCUGCAGAUGCAGGUCUUUCUUCAACAGAUGGGGCUGUGGUGUUGAGAAAGAAGAGAAAGCUUGAAGAUGCAGCAUGCCGUGUGAUGCAUGAAAGUCCAACAGCUGAAACUGAAGAAACUGGAUCGACACCUUCAGAGACUCCAAUCCACAUAAGGGAGAAGAAAAAGAAGGAACGGGUAAAACACACUGACAACCUUUCCUUUGAGGUGAAUUCUUUGACAGAGUCUGCAUAUUUAGAGCCCAAAGUCGACAACAAGAAGGAAAAGGAGAGAACAACGCAAUCAGCUGAGCAUAACAUCACACCCAGCAGCCCUAUUCUAUCAGGGACUUCUUUUUUAAAACCCCAAAUGUCAUCAGACAGACUCAUGAAGCACACUAAAGUAAAGAGGAAACUGCAUAAUCCCAAUGAGGAUUUCCUUACAGACUUUUAGAUCGGGAUUACGUAAAGACUGGCAGAGCAAGUGGUGGAUUCAAACACAGAAAUGUGACGGCUGUGAGGUUUUUAAAAAAGAGCUUUUUAAUUAUGUUUUGUAUCAAAGCAUAUUUACUGACAUGCUUCACAACCUUCUGGUGUCGAGCUAAACUCUGUUAAAUAGAAAUUACCACAGGUUAUUUUUUGGUAAUAAAGGCUCCUGUAUAUGAAACUCUUGGAGGAAGAUUUUUUUAAUAGAGCUUCAAUCAAAGGAUUGUGUACAGUAUCUAUCAAUCAAAUGUUUGUGAGCCAACACUGAAUGAACUGUGAACAUUAAAUGAAGUGGAGAGUUA